AUGUUUAGUAGUGUAUUUGAAUACAUGAAGCAACGCAAACGGGAUAAUCGUAAUAAGAGAAGAAAAACCGAGCGGCACUCCACAUACGAAUCUGCGGGCCAUGCUGCAGAUCCCUUGUUGCCGCCUGAAAAGCUUACCUGGUCAAUUAAACGAUUCAAAAAAACCGAGCUCUUCCCACACCGACUCAUAGAGGGUGAUCGAAAGCCCACCGAUGCCGAACUUGCACAGGCUCUGAAGAUCGCUGAAGGAUUCCACUAUUUCGGACACGGGAAAGUAGUAGUUAUUGAUGAAGACAAUCCAGAUCAGAUUAUUGCAAUAAUCGAAUUCACCAAAGUAGAAGAUCUAACCCUGUCCGAACUGAACGAGUUGAACAUUAUCGCCAGGUUCAUUCAUAAAUUUAAACAAUUUGUCAAUGCGGUCAACGAAGCCUCUCGUUCUUGGGGUGGAUACAUGUGGAUGGUGGGGUGGCGGAAAGGUUUUGAGGCUUAUCAACUUGCGGGAGUGUAUCUUAACUCCAAGAAGAUUGAAGCAGCAAAAGAUGACUACAAUUCUCUCAUGCGUUCUUCCUCAACCCCUUCAAACAUACUCGGAAAACUGUUUAAAGGUGUUGCAAACAUCGCCUUCGAAAAAAACCGUGAACUCAUGAAAAUGAAUUCUAUCCCGGCUUUUGGAUCGCUCCACUACAAGGAUCCCUUGAAUAAAUUUGAAUGCUCACCAAAUCUAUCGUUCACGACUGGCGGAUACUUCAACCCGCCUCACAAGGAUACUAAGGAUGCCCAAGAUUUUGCAUUCGCGCUAUUCCUUCCCACUAACAAGUCGGACGGCUCAAUUAUAGCAUCAACUGAUGUUUACCAUGUCAAAGGUGGUUCAUUUGUUUUUCCCAAUUAUAGGAUUGGUAUUAAUUUAGACGAACAAAAAGGGAUUGUCAAACUCGUUUGGGCUUCAAGAACAGUUCGACACUGCACUUUACCUGCUAGAGAAUCUCCUACUCAAGCUCGAACAGCUAUGUCUCUUCAAAUCAACCAAACAACUCUUACCACCUUCAGAGAUAUCAACAAUGGUUCGAUUUAUAAUAGACCUGCUAUUAAAAAAAAGGCAAAAGAAAAUUUGUUUGUAGCUGGUCAUGAUUAUGCCAUAAACCCUUCCAAUUAUCCUCAUCCUUAA